AUGGGAAAUUAGAUCAAUGUAAAGUCAAAAUUUGUAAAUUUAUUGAAAUAAGAGGAAGAAAAUGCUUUAGCAGAAGAAUUGAAGUCAAUUUUGCUUCUUGAUAUCUCCUAAGAAGAUUAUCUGAAUGCUUUUUAUCCUUCUGACAUUCGGGAUAUAUUAAAAUAAUCUCCAAAGAGGAUAUUGGGCAUAAUUAACUAUUUACAUAAAUUUCUUUGUGAUGCAUAAUCUGAAUUACAAUCUCAUAUUCAAUAUAGAUAAUGGAAGAAUAGUUUGAGAAUAUUAACUUCAAUUAUUCCGGUGUUAUAUGAAGAAAAUUUUAAAGAAUAAAUGAAAGAGAUAUUAUGGAAUACCAAAAUUGCUUAACCUAAUAAAGAAAUCUCAGAAAAAGAUCCUCCUUUGAUAAUUUCACUAAUUACAAGACUAUUUUAAAUGUGUUUCCAUUUUGGAUUUACCAUAGAUGUUUUAGAAUAUAAUGUAUUUAUACUUACUAAUCUUAAAAGGAGUCAGUUGUAAAGAAUGAUACUCUAUUAUAAUUCUUUGCAUAAUAUUAUCAUAAUGUAUGGAAUUCUUAUAAAUUUCAAAUUGGUUAUGUAUGGAAAGGUUUUAAUCCUUAAUGUAAAUAUCCAAAUGAUAUUGCAAAAUAUUAUGAAAAUCGAUAUCUAGUUUUAUCCUGUUUAUUUGCUUUGGUUAGUUCUUCUUUAUUUUCAUCAGAGUUAUUUUUCUAAAUUGAAAUUGAAGAAUUAAAUGAUGAAGAAUAAAAAUAAAAGAUAGAAAAUAUUAAUUAGUAGAAUUAAUCAGAUGAAUAAGAAAUAGAUGAAUAAUUUUAAGAAAAUAAUACUUAAGAAUAAUAAAAUAACAAUAAUUAAAAGUAAACAUAAAAGUUGUUAGUAUAAACACCAAAUGCACCUUUGUUAAUAUUACAAAAAAUAUAAUACUUUCCAGAAUUAAUAGUUUCAAUGAUUGCAUUUUCAUUAUUCUCAACUGAGAGAAUUUAGUAAUUUUUAAGAGGCAUAGUUAAUAUAUCUAAUUAAAUUGAAGAAAAUCUUUAAAGUGUAUGCUUAAAGUUAACAUCACUUAUAAUAGGGGGAUAAGGUAAUAAAAUUAAUAUUAAUCAUAGGUUUUGUCUAUAAAGAUGUUUUAAAUUUAGGAAAAGAAUUUGAGGAGAUGAUCAAAGCCAAAGAGCACUUUUAAAUGUUUAAUAAUCCAUUCCCUUAAUUUAUUAAUUUUCCAUAAUAAAUAUUAGAAGGAAUAAUAGUAUAAUUAACAUAAAAGUUUUAUUCUUAUUACAAAUCUUAAUAGUAAUUUAUUAGAGGAACCUUUGAAAAAUAAUUAUCAAAUUUUGAAAGCUGUUUCAUUUUUUUAAGUUAUCUAUCUUCCAAGACUGUUUAUAAUGGUAUUUAUUAUUAUUAUAAUAAUAUAGUUCCUAAUAUAAUGACUGUUUUUUUAUUGUCUUACUUUAAUCCAAAAAUAUAUAUAAAGAAUAUUUCAUUAAAAAUAAUCAAAUUGUUGAGUACUUAACCUUAAUUGAAUAAAUAAUUGUGUGUAAAUUAAGAGUUUACUUUAACUUUUACAGAUGCUCCUAUUGUUUUUGGUACUUGGGGUGAUUUAUUGAUUACAGCACUUUCUGAUACAGUCUUGAAAGAGUUAACAUCAAUUAAAGAAAGCAAACUAUUAGAAAUAUCCCAAAUAUUAUUCAAUGUAUCUUCAGAUAUUGAAAAAUUGAAUAAAGAAAGUUGCUAAAUUAUUUGUAAUUUAAUUAAAAAAUUGGCAAAUUAUGAUUUUGUAUUAAAAUCACCUAAUAUCUUAAUAAGUCUAUUGAAUUUGAUAGGAGCAGUAUCUCAAAUAAUUUAUUUCUUUCCUGAUGAGAAUUUAGAUCUUAUAGAUAAUGUAAUAAAGAUUAAGGAUAGCAUUAAAUUUAUUCAUGAAUUAUAAGUUACAUAAAAGAAACUUCAAGUUUGGUGGAGUAAACAUGCUCCUCAUAAUCCAAUUGUUAAUUAAAGUUUCAUUAAAAGUCAGUAAUUUUAAAAUGAUGUUCAUGAUAUAAGAGAAUCAUAAGUCAGAUCAAUCACUCAAUAAUAAUAAGUUAUUUAAAAAAGAUAAUUAAAAGAUUCUUAACAUGAUGAGAUUUAGGGUCUUAAAUAAAUGGAGUAGAUUUAAUCUGAAAGAAUAUUAAAGCCCUCUGUUGAAUAUGAUAAUUAUAUUGAGAAAUGGAAAAAUUUUAAUUAGAAUAUUCUAAAAGGUUUUGUUCCAUUAAUUAGUUUGGCUAAAUUACUAGAAAAUUUGUAUAAAUUAACUGUGGAUCCAACAGAUGAGGUAUAAUUAAAAUCAGUAAUUUAAUCACAUGAUUUACGAUCUUUGAUGAUCAAACAACUUAGUUUUAAAAUUAUGUUUGAUAAAUAUAAGAUAUUUAAGACUUUGACAAAAUAAAUUUGGUUGAAUUGUUUGAGAAAUACUGAAAAAUUUCCUUAUUUUGAAAAAUCUGAAUGCCUAUGCUUUUAACAAUCAUAUCAAAAGAAAUGA